CCGGCCAGUAGCUCCAUGCCAAAAAUCGAGAGGGAGAGGCUGUUCACCACGGAGAGAUCCGGGGGGAGGGCGCUGUACAGGCUCCACGCCGUGACUGUGGCCGUGGGGAUAUGCCUGGUGCUCUACUACAGAGCGACGCGGGUGCCGGAGCAAGGCAGGGCGGCGUGGCUGGGGAUGCUCGCGUCGGAGCUCUUCUUCGCGGCCUAUUGGGUCAUCACGCAGUCCGUGCGCUGGAGCCCCGUCCGCCACCGCACCUUCAGGGACAGGCUCGCCGCCAGGUAUGGAGAAAGGCUACCUUGCGUGGAUAUCUUCGUAUGCACUGCAGACCCACACUCAGAGCCCCCAAGUCUUGUCAUCUCCACCGUCCUAUCGGUCAUGGCAUACAAUUACCCAACCGAAAAACUAAGUGUGUACCUUUCUGACGAUGGAGGCUCGGUACUCACUUUCUAUGCUCUUUGGGAGGCCACCUUAUUUGCAAAGGAGUGGUUACCAUUCUGCAAGAGAUAUAACAUUGAGCCAAGGUCACCAGCCGCAUACUUCUCAGAGCCAGAUGGGUAUCAAGAUGUGUGCACCCCAAAAGAAUUGUCAUUUAUCAAGGAUAUGUAUGAAGAAAUGACUGAGCGAAUUGAUACGGCUGUCAUGUCAGGCAAAAUUCCGGAAGAAAUCAAAGCAAACCAUAAAGGAUUUUAUGAAUGGAAUCCAGAAAUUACCUCAAAAAAUCACCAACCAAUUGUCCAGAUUCUGCUAGAUGGCAAAGACCGAAAUACAGUUGAUAAUGAAGGAAAUAUGCUACCAACACUUGUGUACAUGGCGCGUGAGAAGAGGCCUCAGCACCACCAUAACUUCAAAGCUGGGGCAAUGAAUGCUCUGAUAAGAGUAUCAUCGGUGAUAAGCAACAGCCCUAUCGUCAUGAAUGUAGACUGUGAUAUGUAUUCCAACAAUAGCGAGACAAUCAGAGAUGCACUGUGCUUCUUCCUUGACGAAGAGAUGGGUCACAAGAUAGGAUUUGUGCAGUACCCUCAGAACUUUAACAAUUUGACCAAGAAUAAUAUAUAUGGGAACUCCCACCAAGUCACCAAUCAGGUGGAGAUGGGUGGUAUGGACAGUGUGGGUGGCCCUCAGUACGUAGGAACUGGAUGUUUCCACAGAAGGGAGAUCCUUUGUGGAAGGAAGUUCGCUGAAGACUACAAGGAAGACUGGAAUGGAGGAAUGAAGGACAAAACACAAGAGAGCAUAGAUGAGAUUGAAGAGAAAGCGGAAUCUUUAGCAGCCUGCAUGUUUGAACAUGACACACAGUGGGGAGAUGAGAUUGGGGUAAAAUAUGGUUAUCCAGUGGAGGAUAUAAUCACCGGAUUGGCAAUACAUUGCAGAGGAUGGAAGUCAGUCCACAACAAUCCUCCACGACCAGCGUUUCUGGGUGUAGCUCCAACAACACUUGCUCAGACAAUACUACAACACAAACGAUGGAGCGAGGGUAGUUUCUCGAUUUUCCUUUCCAAGUACUGCCCCUUCCUGUUUGGCCAUGGGAAAAUCAAGUUACGGCAUCAAAUGGGAUACUCAAUCUAUGGAUUAUGGGCACCCAAUUCUCUCCCGACACUACAUUACGUUAUCAUACCGUCACUGGCUCUCCUCCAAGGCAAUCCCUUAUUCCCAGAGAUGAGGAGUCCAUGGAUCAUACCCUUCAUAUAUGUCUUAUGUGUGAAUAACAUGUACAGCCUAUACGAGUCAUUAUCAGCUGGAGACACAUUGAAAGGAUGGUGGAAUGGACAAAGGAUGUGGAUGGUUAAAAGAAUAACCUCAUAUCUCUAUGGCGUCAUUGACACACUCCGCCAGUUACUAGGAUUGUCAAAGAUGACAUUUGCAGUUACAUCAAAGGUAAGUGAUGAAGAUGAAUCUACGAGUUACGAACAAGAAAUCAUGGAAUUUGGGUCAACAAGUCCAGAAUAUGUGAUCAUUGCAACUAUAGCGUUACUCAACCUUGUUUGUCUAGUGGGAGGGCUAGGUCAAAUCAUGACAAGUGGCUGGAGUCUCUUCAAUGUAUUUUGCCCCCAGCUCAUUCUCUGUGCGAUGCUAGUGAUUACCAAUGCCCCGUUCUAUGAAGCAAUGUUCCUGAGAAAGGACAAAGGGAGAAUACCAUUCCCCGUAACAUUAGCUUCUAUUGGCUUUGUGACGUUGACCUUCCUGGUAGUCUGGUACCAAUAGUUUAAGGUUGUAAAAGAGGAAUUGAUGUCUAUUAGCAGUAGAUGUAUUUGAUGGCUCUCCCGAAAUACACGUAAAUUUAACAUGUACUCCCUCCGUUCCUAAAUUCUUGUCGUGGUUUUAGUACAAAUUUAGGAACAGAGGGAGUACUAUGUAUAAUCAUCUACCUUGAUAGUAUCAGAUGGUACUUCUCAAAAUGGUGAAGUCUGUCGGUAAACAGGACCUCAGUAAUAUUCUCUAUGAUACAACUUAC